AUGAUCAUCUCUUCACGCAAGUCUCCGCGGUUGAGCUUGAGGCCAGGGAGCUUCAACUCUCUCGAUCGAGGUCCCAAGUCGUCCACUUCUUCUCGAUUCAACUUCAACCAUCUGAUGGUCUCGCCACCUCCUUCGCCCGGUCUCCCGGCUUUAGUACCGAGACAUGGGAAGAAACCGACGCCUACGCGUGCCCCGAGGAGAUAUAUGAGGGUGUUCUGCUGGAUGGUAGGGGUAGUGCUGAUAUUGUACUAUGGUUCCAUGAGGCUACAACUGGAGUCCUACCGGAAUCCAGUAGGAUGGGCAGCAUAUUCUGGAGUGGAAUACGAGAUGGUCGAAGAGUCGGUCUUACCGGAUUACCCGACGCCCGUGGUGGUAACAGACCAGCGGGGGAAAGUCAAGUGGACGGUUUCGAUUCCUCCGGACCACGAAUUCCCCUUGGAGCCUAAGCAAUACGCCGAGAUUUGUCAGCAGAAUACUGAGGUAGCGUCUCGCGUUUCCGACUUGCAUGCGCAUCUUAACCGCCAGCAUUUCCGCCAGGGAUACUAUCAUGUCGACAAGAACUUCAUGGAUGUGGCUGAGGCGGAGGCUUAUGGACUACUGCCUGGACUCAAGGCGAAGACGACCAUGAAAGAGGACGGAUCUCUGGUUGGAAUCAAUCAGGACGGCCUGAUCGAUUCGGGCGUCUGUGAAAAGACUCUGACUUUCCUGAUGGAGACUUCAGAUGCGAGCUUGGGGAAGACGCUGAUGAUGAUCUGGACUGCGUAUGGGUUGGCGCAGAAGGAGAGGAGGCAGUUUUUUGUCGAUGACUCGAGAUGGGCCUAUGGCAAGUACACCGACUACUUCAAACCUCCCCCAAUCCCAGCCUGCAGACCCCCUCCGAGGCAUGAGAUGCUACCAUGCCCACAUCAAGCACGCCAUCUGGUUGUAUCGGCAGCCACGGCUGCUUACACUUUUGGGAGCUCCUUCAAGGACGAAUUCGAGAAUUCCAAGAAGAUGGAAGUCGAUCGUCAAAAGGCUCUCUUCGCUCUAGCCCGAGCAGGCUAUCAAGCAUUGUUCCACCUCAACCACGUCGACCAGAAAUACGUUGAUGAACGCGCCACAGCGCUUCUAGAGAAGACCAUCCGUCCCCCACCCGAAGACGAGAACGGCAUGAUAAUCGGCGUCCACGUCCGCCACGGCGACCGCCACCCCUUUGAGUACCAAUACAAGGACUCCUACAUACCUCUCGAUGUAUACGGUAAAAUAUCCCGCGAACUCGUGGACAGCGCCCUCAGGGAUUCUGGCAAAGAUGGCGAGAAGAAUCAGAUGGCUGAGAGGCAUACAAUUUUUGUGCUCGCGUCCGACGACCCGGACGUCUACGACUCGGAGGAAUUUUCGCAUGCGGAACGAGCGCAAGAGCUGAUCAGACUCGCGUCUAAAAAGAGCAGCGAGUCGGCUCAACAGCCCGCAAGUGCAAUCCGUAAGUGGGUCGACGAGAAUGUUGGCUGGGAGGGCGGUUUCUUCGCUGGCAUGUUCUGGAGCUUGGGGAAGCCGACCAGUGUUCCGGUUACGGCUAUAGAAACCCCUACCACGAAGCUCCCGCCGACGGAUGAGGCGCUGCGGCUAAGGCAGCUUGUGGGGAGGGCGUACCUGCUGGACAUAGCAGUUUUGGGGACCGCUAGCGACAGGAUAAUCUGCACCGUCAGCAGUGUGGGUUGUAAGAUGCUGGCAGUGAUGAUGGGGUGGGAGAAUGCGAUGGAAAAGAAGAAGUGGGUCAACAUCGACGGGGACUUUAGCUGGACGGGUGUGGAUUGGUGA